CUGGGGGUGCUCAGGGUUAGAUUCCCCCAAUAUCUUGGCUUGUUUGUAUCCACUCCCUCCAAUGCUAGGCAUCUUUCAUCUCUGCCAAACAGAAUUACUCUUUGCUAUUUUUUUGAAAAACUUGUAUUUGUUUACUAUUGGAAUGAUUUCAUAAUCCACUUCCUGGUCUAGAGGACACAAGAACAAUGGCUGCGGGGAGUGUUCCUUCAGAGAUCAUAGAAAGGGAACGAAAAAGGUUACUUGAAAUCCUCCAAAAAGAUUCCGAUUCUGUCUUAGAUACAUUAACCUCUCGGAGGCUGAUUUCUGAGGAAGAGUAUGAAACUCUGGAGAAUAUUACAGAUCCUCUGAAGAAAAGUCGAAAGUUGUUAAUUUUGGUACAGAAAAAGGGAGAGGUGAGCUGUCAGCAUUUUCUCAAAUGUUUACUUAGUACUUUUCCAGAGUCAGCUACCAUUUGGGGCUUACAGCAUGAAUUUCUAAAGCAUGAGAAUAUAGAAUGUACUCAAUCUAUAACUGAAAGCAAGAAUUCAGAAAACACUUUUUCCUCUAGAGAGAAACAGCCUGAGAGUCCUGAGAUCACAGUGUCCUUUACAGAGAAAGAACACCAUGAUAUGGGAAUCUCUGAGUCCUUCAGGGACAAGAAGACUAGUCAUAAAGGAACUGCUUGGGCCUCCAGGGAAAAUGAAAAGGAAGACAACACACCCAAAGUCACAUUGCCUGAAUAUGAGAACACUGAAUAUGAAAUUCCAGCAACUAUUGCUUAUUUACAGGAUGGACAGAACACUGAAUAUGAAAUUUCCAGCAAACCUGAAUAUGAAAUUCCAGCAACUAUUGCUUAUUUACAGGAUGGACAGAGAUACGAGGAGCCAGAUGAUUCAUUAUACUUAGGAAAAGAGGAAUAUCUAGAAUCUGCUGGAUACUCUGAAGAUGCAGAGCCCACUGUGGAAGAAGAGGAUUAUAAUGACUCAGAGCACAGUGUUUAUGAUGGCGAGGAGGAUACUGCAUAUUCAGAAACCGCACACUUCUCAGAUGAAGAACAGAGCUAUGAAGAUUCAGAAACUGGCAUGUUAUUGGAGGAAGAGGGGGAGGAGGCGGAGGAGGAGGAGAAAAGGAUUGAAGAAAGAAAAAAAGUGUUUAAAGAUGUCCUGUCAUGUUUGAACAUGGACAGGAGCAGAAAGCUUUUGCCAGAUGUUGUUAAACAAUUCUCCUUAGAUCGAGGAUGUAUGUGGACACCUGAGACUCCAGGGGACUUAGCCUGGAAUUUCCUGAUGAAAGUUCAAGCUCUGGAUGUGACAGCCAGAGAUGCAAUCCUCAGACACAAGGUUCCGGGUGAGGAUGGCAAAGAGGAAUUGCUGGCUGGAAUAGAGAAUUUGGAAGUUAGAGACAUACAAACCAUUAAUCCAUUGGAUGUUCUUUGUGCCUCUAUGCUCUGCUCAGACAGCUCUUUGCAGCGUGAAGUCAUGUCAAACAUGUACCAGUGCCAGUUUGCUCUUCCCCUGCUCCUGCCAGAUGCAGAAAACAACAAAAGCAUCUUAGUGCUAGGAGCCAUGAAGGACAUUGUGGAAAAGUGGUCAACACAGUCUUCAGGAGGGCCUAGAGGGGACACAGAAAAGUUUCUGAAGAUGCCUGUCCUCUCCUUUGUGCGCCUAGGAUACUGUAACUUCUCCAAGUCCAGAAUCCUCAACAGACUGCUUGAUCCUGCCCAACUGAAAUCACACAAAAUCUUUUUCCAUCAGGAUUUUACUGUCCCAGUGCUUCCCCGACAAAUCUCUGAUGGCCUGGUUGAGAUAAUGUGGCAUUUUCCGGAUAGCAAUGGUCCAAAGAAAGACCUCAGUUUUUUCCAAAAGCCUGUUGCUCUGGCCAAUCUUCGUGGAGACCUAGAAAGUUUUUGGACACAGUUUGGUUUUUUGGUGGAAGUUUCCUCAGCUGUGUUUUUUUUCACUGACUACCUAGGUGAGAAGGAAUGGGACUUGCUAAUGUUUUUAGGAGAAGCUGCCACUGAAAGAUUCUACUUUGUUCUCAGUCCCCAAGCCCAGGAGAGUGAAGAGGUUCAGCUUUUCCAGAGGGUUCUAAAUUUGAAGCCAUCACAGCUACUCUUUUGGGAGGGGGAAGAAGCUGGAGAGAGAGGAAAGAAUAUGGAGCAUCUUCAAACUGCUCUGCAAGAAGUGAUGUCAUCUUCACUCAGAUGUGUGUCCAUGGAGGACAUGGGCUCCCUGGCCAGGGAGUUGGGAAUCCAGGUAGACCAAGACUUUGAGAACGUUCAGGUAAUUCAUAGUUGCCCUAGUGAAAACUUGGCUAGAACAGCUAGAGAUGAGAGACAACAAAGACACAGUCAACCAGAAAGCUCACCUGAAGCUCCAACUGAGAUGCCUGUAAGAGAGCCUGGGGCUAGCUGGAAUCUUCAGAAUUUCCACCAUACCCCAGUAUUCUUGCCUCAUCUGGAAAAUUCCUGUCCUUUACCAACCAGAAUUGGAGGUAACUUUAGCCAUGUUCCUUUGAAAGCUCCCUGGGUUAUGGGCUUCCACUUUGGGUCAGAGCAGAGGUCUAAGUGGUUCCGUCCCUGGCCCUUUCAGAAAAUGAGGGAUGGUCGAGGUGAAAGUUUUAGAUUUCAGUACUUCCAACCGCAGAGGUUUUAUUCACCUGAAAGAUUUAUGAAAUUUUCAAGAACGGCUUGGAGACAUCACAUGAAUACAUUUGAGAGACCACUAAGACCUAUGUUUCAGCAUGUACAGGCCUGGCCUAAGAGACCACAGACAAUGGGAGCUCUUGAAAGAUCUGGGGCAGUGGUCUCCCAUGUAGGGCACUUCCAUUCCCUGGGUUUACAGCUAGUGGGAACAGUUGGGAAGCCACAGCUUAAGCAUGCCUACGUCCAGAGGACACAACCAACUAGGGCAACUGGGAAACUUAUGAAAACAACAUCCCAAAAUGAAGGUCUUUACCCUCAGGCCUCUCAACCAGCAGGAGUCAUACAAAAGCCUUUAAGAUCUGCUUCUCAGAAAGGAGCCAAACUGAAGACACAGGAUGGACCUUCAAAUCCAGCUUUCCAAAUGGGAUCCUAUCCCAAGUCCAAUAGCAAAUGUUUAUCCAGCUCUCAGUUCCCAUCCAACCAGCCCAAGCCAUCCCAAGUCAAGCAAUCCCAAUCUAUGCCCUCUCAACCCAAACCCACUCAAGCAAAACCCACUCAGUACCGGCCUUCCCAAGCUAAACCCUCGCAGCCCAGACCCACUCAGCCCCACCCCUUCCAACCCAAACCCACUCAAACAAAACCCACUCAGCCCCAGCCCUCACAAGCUAAACCCUCUCAGCCCAGACCCACUCAGCCAAAGCCCUCCCAACCCAAACCCACUCAGCCCCAACCUUCACAAGCUAAACCUUCUCAGCCCAGACCCACUCAGCCCAAACCAUGCCCACCCAAGCCCUCCCAAUCUAAACCUUCUCAGCCCAGACCGACUCAACCCAAGUCAUGUAGGACCAGUCCUUCACAGGCUAAGACAUAUAAUCCAAGGGCAAGAAAACGUUAGUUUUCAUAGUUGUUUCUAGAGAACUAUGAGACAAAUCCUUCACCCCGGCCAUUGCUAUCAUACAUUAACCUAAAGGAGAAAGGCAGUGAUGAUAAGAGAUUAUCAUCAUUAGCAUGAAACAGAAAAAAAAAAAAGAUAUGCACAGCCUAACUGGUAUCAUUAAAAUAUCUGUAAGAAUUGUGGGGAUCCCUGGGUGGCGCAGCGGUUUGGCUCCUGCCUUUGGCCCAGGGUGCGAUCCUGGAGACCCGGGAUCGAAUCCCACGUCGGGCUCCCGGUGCAUGGAGCCUGCUUCUCCCUCUGCCUGUGUUUCUGCCUCUCUCUCUCUCUCUCUCUGUGACUAUCAUAAAAUAAAAAUAAAAUUAAAAAAAAAAAGAAUUGUGUUCACCAAAAGGAAAAAUAUGAAAAGAAUUGAGAAUAGAAUCAAGCAGUAAAUAAAUUAACUGAAUCCAACCUUGAGUAUUAGGUAGUAUAUAACCUGAAUUCAAGGAAUGGGGCUGUUGAGAUUACUCCAUAAAAUAAGGCUCACGCAUCUUCAGUGUUGCAAGAAAAACUAGAUGUUGGCUACUCCAGAGGUAUCUUGGUCAAAACUUUUUGGUUCAGUAUCAGCCACCAAGCAGAUAAUAUUGUUUGUUUGGGAUGUUUAAAUCAUUUUUACUUCUGAUGACAGCUCCAAUUUGCUUGGAUAAUGUAACUCAUUUGGCCUUUACAUGCAGAAAUAAUGAGCUAAAAACCAAUGAAAUAAAUGAUUUUGCACUAACUUGGGUAUGAUCUGUGAAUGUUUUGUAUAUAAAUUAUUUGUAAUAGUUAAGAUAAUUUGGCUUAUUAAAAAAUCUGCUAUCCUCAUGAUUUCAAGUUAAAAUAUACAAUUGAAUUUUUAAUUUUAGAGUUACAAAGCUUGUAGAAAGCACUGCAAUGUUUAAGAGAACUUAAAAUUCACAAAAUUUACAAUUUUACUUUAUUAGAUUUAUUACUAUCCUAAACAUUUGGCUAAGUUCUGCCAGUUACAAGCAUAAGUAAAAGGAAUAUAUUAAACUUAGAAUAUUUAAGUUUAAUUAAGUUUGUAAAAGAUACCAAAUAUUAAUAAAAGACCACUUCAAAGAUUGAUAUUAAAAUUCACUAGAUUUAGAAAUUAAAUAAUAAGAUUCAUAAGUUGGAUUAAGACCUCUGGUUUUUGAACUCAUGACUCUUAUAAAAUUAAUACUAGUUUUAAAUACUAAAAUGGCCCCACAUUGUCUUCAUUGGGUUAAUUUUUUUUUCUUUUUCAAGGAUGCCAAGGAAAAAAAUCAUAUUGAUAAACAGAUGAAAAACAAUCUUUGAAAAGGAAUAACUAAUUUCUGAAAACAUUCUCAUACUACAAUAGGCAUCCUUCACUUAUGCAUGUUUUAAACAAGAAACUAUUGAGUAUUUAGAGGGUGUUAAAUCUUUAAAGUUACUGUAAGGAUGAAGAAA